AUGGUUCUAACUUCUUUAUUGCUUUCAAGUGUCACACUUGCUCUCGGUGCUAGUGCCGCACCAGCCGCCAGUAGCGAAGGACCUUGUGAUAUCUAUGCUUCAGGUAAUACACCUUGUGUUGCUGCUCACAGUACAACCCGUGCUUUGUAUUCAAGUUAUGGUGGUGCACUUUAUCAAGUCAUCCGUAGCUCUGAUAAUGCAACAUUGAACGUUCCAGUUCUCUCAACCGGUGGAAUUGCAAACUCUGGAGCUCAAGAUAGCUUUUGCUCUGGUACUUCUUGCUACAUCAAAGAAAUUUUUGAUCAAUCAGGCAAAGGAAACAAUCUUGUCCGAGCCACAAUCGGAAAUUUCAAAGGUCCAGGUCCAAAUGGUGAAGAUAUUUUGGCAGACGCAACAAAAGCACCAAUCUAUUUGAAUGGCAAAAAGGUUUAUGGUGUUUAUUCUACCCCAGGUACAGGUUAUCGCGCUGAUAACACAAACGGUGUCGCAACCGGUAAUGACCCUGAAGGAUUGUACGCUGUUUUCGACGGUACUCGUUACAACAAUGGAUGCUGCUUCGAUUAUGGAAAUGCAGAAACAAGCGCUCAUGACACCGGAGACGGUCAUAUGGAAGCUGUCUACUUUGGUACAAACACCAAUUGGGGUUCAGGUGCAGGAAAUGGACCUUGGAUCAUGGCAGAUUUAGAAAAUGGCCUAUUCAGCGGUUAUAACCCAAAACAAAACACAAAUGACCCAACUGUUACUUCACGUUUCAUUACAGGUUACGUAAAGGGAAAUAGUUCAAACCAAUGGGCUUUACGAGGUGGCGAUUCAACUCAAAGCACAGUCUCAACAUACUACAGCGGUGCACGACCAGAUGGUUAUUAUCCAAUGCACAAAGAAGGUGCUUUGAUCCUUGGUAUCGGUGGUGAUAACAGUGUUGGUGCUGAAGGAACUUUCUAUGAAGGUGUUGUCACUACUGGCUACCCUUCUGAUGAUACCGAAAGUGCAGUUCAAGCUAACAUUGCUGCCGCAAAAUACUCUGCCUAA